AUGGACAUGAAGAAAACCAAAGCUGCUUCCUCGUCUUCGUCGUCAUCUUCAUUUGAUCAUCUGUUUGGUCCGAAAGGAUCAGCCUCUGCUUCUUCUGCUUCCUCUUGUUCAACUAUACUUGACUCCAUUUUCCCUCCUCCGGUAUCAAGGAAGAAGGGGAAUCAAACUGCUCCUGAAGUUCAAAGCAGCAUCUCUCAGACCACUGAUGAUAGAAGGAGCCACGAAAGGAGAGAAGCUUCCUAUUACAGCUCAUCCAUUUACUACGGAGGCCAGCAACACUAUUCACCUCCACGAACCGAUGGCUCCUUGGCUCCUCCAUCUCAUCAGCCCAAAGAGACAGAUGAUCGCACUGACACGACCUCAUCCUCUACUUCCAGAGGAAAUUGGUGGAAAGGUUCUUUGUAUUACUAA